ACCUCGAUUAAGCUGCCAUUUUCAAAGUUGUGCUGAGCUCAUUGCUUUCCCUUAUAUUUCAAACGUCAAAAUCGUUAAACGUGAUUUGCAGUUUCAAGUCCGGUGAACGAUUCAAAUUUAACUCCAAUCGAAAUUAUAAACAUGUCAGCUACGGCAAGUGAUGCAAAUGAGCGCCUCACUGCGUUAACCAGCUAUCGCACCAAGCUCCUGGAACAUCGCGAAAUCGAAUCACGUUUGAAAUCCCUGCGUGACAAGCACAAGGAGCUGCAAUUGGAGUUCCAAAAGUCUGAGGAUGAUCUGAAGGCACUCCAAAGCGUAGGCCAAAUGUUGGGCGAGGUGCUCAAACAGCUGACGCCAGACAACUUUAUUGUGAAGUCCGCCAAUGGACCACGCUAUGUGGUCGGAUGUCGUCGUCAGCUGAACAAGUUGAAGCUGAAGCCCGGCACCCGUGUCGCUCUCGAUAUGACUACGCUCACCAUUAUGCGGUAUCUGCCGCGUGAAGUCGAUCCCCAGGUGUACAACAUGACGCAUGAGGAUCCUGGCAAUGUUGACUACUCUGCAAUUGGCGGCCUGGGUGACCAGAUCCGUGAGCUGCGAGAGGUCAUCGAGCUGCCACUCAUGAAUCCAGAGCUCUUCAUACGCGUUGGCAUCAAUCCGCCCAAGGGAUGCCUACUCUAUGGUCCACCUGGCACCGGCAAAACGCUGCUGGCACGCGCCAUUGCCUCCCAGCUGGAUGCAAACUUUUUAAAGGUCGUCUCCUCGGCCAUCGUGGACAAGUAUAUAGGGGAGAGCGCUCGACUGAUACGUGAAAUGUUUUCCUAUGCACGCGACCAUCAGCCGUGCAUCAUAUUCAUGGACGAGAUUGAUGCCAUUGGCGGGCGGCGCUUCUCGGAGGGCACCUCCGCUGAUCGUGAAAUACAGCGCACUCUGAUGGAGCUACUGAAUCAAAUGGACGGCUUUGAUGCACUGGGUCAGGUCAAAAUUAUAAUGGCCACCAAUCGUCCGGAUACUUUGGAUCCGGCUCUGCUGCGCCCUGGACGCUUGGAUCGCAAGCUGGAAAUCCCGCUGCCCAAUGAGAUAGCUCGCCUGGAUAUACUGAAGAUCCAUGCAGCACCGCUAAGCAAGCAGGGCGAGAUCGACUACGAGGCCGUGGUCAAACUCUCGGACAUGUUCAAUGGCGCCGAUCUGCGCAACAUCUGCACCGAGGCGGGCUUGUUUGCUCUACGCGAGGAUCGCGAAUACGUCAUCCACGAGGACUUCAUGAAGGCCGUGCGCAAAACGGCGGACAACAAAAAGCUGGAGACCAAGCUGGAGUACAAGCCGCUUUAAAAUCAUCAAAUUAC